AUGUUUGAGCUUCCGGCGCUGGUGGUGGCGACGUGCUACGUGGCGCUGGUGACGGCGACCAUCGUCAUCUUGGUGCUGCUACACCUCCACAUGCGCAACUACCGCAAACCGUUCCAGCAGCGGCUCAUGCUCCGCAUCAACUUGAUUGUGCCCCUUUUCGCCUGGCUGUGCUACCGGAUGCUUUUAAACCAGAAUCUGGUGUUUACCAAGUACUUUGUCGAGCCGUUGCGUGAAGUAUACGAGGCGUUUGUCAUCUAUACUUUCUACUCGUUGCUCACGGUGAUGCUUGGUGGCGAGCGCCAGAUCAUUGUUAUGACACUGGGGAGACCACCAGUACACCACCCAGUGUUCCCCUUGAGCAGAAUAUUGCCCCCCGUGGACAUCAGCGACCCGCAAACGUUCUUAUACAUUAAACGGGGGAUAUUGCAAUAUGUGUGGCUUAAACCGUUCCUCUGCUUCACGAUAUUAAUUGGUGAAGUUGUGGGGUUUUAUAACGUCAACGAUAUGCUGUAUAAGCUGGUCUAUUUGUGGCUUACGGUGGUAUAUAAUAUUACGGUAUCGCUUUCGCUCUACUGUCUUGCCUUGUUUUGGAAGAUCUUAUGGACUGAUCUCAAACCUUUUAACCCCAUCGGUAAGUUCCUUUGUGUGAAGCUUAUCAUUUUCGCUCUGUACUGGCAAGGUGUGAUAUUAGCCAUUCUUAAUGCUACGGGGCAAUUACCGGAAAUGGGCCACCAUCAGAGUACGGCAGUGGCGAUCCAGAACGCGUUGCUUUGCGUUGAGCUCAUUCCGUUCGCUAUGGGCCACUGGAUCUCGUUCAACUGGCGCGAUUUUAGCUUGGCCAAACUCCCGCUGGCUCGGGUCAAAUGGUACUAUGCGAUGCGCGACUGGCUCGGCAUCAAGGACCUUAUCUGGGAUUUCAAACUUACGUAUCACGGCGACUACUACGACUACCGCCAGUUCGAUUCAGUGGACGCGUUGAUCGCCCACCCUAACCUGAGAGGCCGCACCAAGAAGAUCCAAGAAGGGUUCCGCUACCACCCGGACGGCCAACAGAAGCACUGGGUCGAUAAUAACUCCGUCAAUGAAGACCCUACAAGACCGAUACUAUCGACUCAGGAGCGCCGAGCCGUCGGGGGCUACGCUGCUCUGAUUAACUCUCUGCUUAAAGCGAUGUACGAGGUCACUCCUGACGAUACCCCGAGUGGCAGCAAUAAUAAUAAUAACGGCAGUGGCGACGCCUUUGAAAGCGAGGAACCAAGCCUAAGAGGAGAAGGGCUCGACGUUGACGAGGCGUUAUACGCCGAAGCCAUUGCCACUAUUAAUAACUAUAACCUCGACAAGCCGCAGGUGCGGCGGCUCCUUAAGUACCCCGUGGUCGAUGAGAUGGUGCUGGCCCACCAGUACGGCUACCGGGUGAACCAGUUGAGACAGCAGCAACAGCGGGGUUACGGUGCCGUUUAA